UGGUUUUGACAAAUAUUCUGUCAGAAAACGAGGGAAAAAAACAGAGUUUUUAAAAUUAAAAGUGAGAAAAUGUAUUCAAGGUAAGGCUUCGGUGGGACGAAGUCGUGCGUAAACAAUAAUUUCAAUACCUGAAAACUCGUUGCCCUUUCGUUGUUGAGUUUUGUUGAGGACUUUUAUCGAACGAUUGGUGUUCAACUCUGAAAAUAAAAGUUCUUUCAGGUGAUCGUGAGGGUGACUGAAUUGUUCUUUGGUAAGAGAAUUCAGUGUAUUUAUAUUUUCAUAGUGUAAAAGGGAGACUGAAAUUUGAAGAUUUCAGAGACAAGGAGAGGCAAAAUAUGGGAUUAAGAAAUAAUCUGGGUCUAUUUAUGAGCUGGGCCAAUGAAGGAUUCGACAAAUCACUCCUUCUUGCGAAAAUUUUCAGCUCUGUCCACAUCGUCCACACUUAUUUCUGCAUGUUAGCUCUGACGGAAGGUCCCAGCAUGUUGCCCACUCUCAAUUUAACGAGUACUCUCGUCCUGGCGGAGCGGCUCUCCCCACGCUUCAACAAAGUGGGUACUGGAGAUGUUGUUAUUGUGCGCUCGCCUGUGUUUCCUAGAAAGGUUGUCACGAAGCGCGUGCUUGGAGUGGAGGGUGAUCGUGUUACAUACGUUGUGGACCCAAAGAAUAGUGACAAGUCGGAAACUGUUGUGGUUCCAAAGGGACAUGUAUGGAUAGAGGGAGAUAACAUUUAUAAUUCCACUGACUCUAGGAAUUUUGGGGCUGUUCCUUAUGGUCUUGUUGAAGCCAGAAUUUUUUGGAAGAUAUGGCCACCUAAAGAGUUUGGCCCGCUGGAAAAGAAAGCAGAAUAAUUGAUUCAUUCUUCUGAGCUUGUUUGCUGAUGAAUGCACUGCUAUGUCAAGCAUUGUUCUCAAGAGCGCUUCAAGUUCAAUUGCUGUAGCAAGAGAAAUAUGCUAGCCGAACAUUGCUGCUCUUCUAAUAUUAAUAUAAUUUGGAAUAUACAAUUGUUGUAUUGGCUUGGUUAAUGGAGAAAUAUAACACAGUUAGUCGACUAGAGAGCCCAACAUCAUCCUGCAAUGCCUGUGUCAUCUCAUCGAACAACUGUCAAUUUUUUUUCUCAGAAACACCUAAUUAGAGUUAGAACUGUGGGGAUUUUGGUGAGUUACACUUCUGAUACUUUAAGAUCCAUAUUAUUAUCAAUUGCUUAGAUAUUAAUGUUUUAAUGCUUAUAGUUUACAGAUAUGUGCAUUAAAUUGAGAACAGUAUUUAUUUA